CAACCAGCCCUAACUAUUCAUUAUUCAUGAUCAGAUCAUUUACUCUGGUUGUCUCUUUUGGCAAGGUGCUUAUGUUAUGGGAAGAGGGAUUAUGAUUUGGUGCUGCUUAUAGAGGUGAUAACACUGAUAGAAUCCAAUCAUUGCUGACUUUUGACAUAUUGUGGACAUGUUUGGAAAAAUCUGAGCAUAUCAACUCUUAGAGUAGGAGCAAAUCAGUGGGUGAGCCUGCCCAGUGAGAUGACUGAUGACAUCAUCUUCUGGAGAAGGCUCAGAGGACUCUGCCUUAGGACAGAGCUCUCAGACCAAAAUGAAGUACCGAACGAAGCAACUCUGCAUAAUUCGGGAGGUCUCACCACAUCUGGAAAGCCCUGCAAAGUCCCAGCUACAAAAAAUCCAGAGACAACAAGUAAAACCCUUCAUGACCCUUGACUACCAGAUUGUCAACCAGACUCUUAAACGGUCACACCCUCCAACGCCAAGCAGUGCGCUUCUGGUACAGCAUGGACACCUAUCUCCCGAGAGUGACGCUGGCCUGACUGGAAAUCCACUCACCAAGUUACUAACUCUUGGGAAAGAAGAUGACAAUGUGGAAUGGCAUAUGGAAGACGUAAUUGAGGAUAUAAUCGGUAUGGAGUCAAGUUUUAAAGAGGAAGGAACAGACUCUCCUCUGCUAAUGCAAAGAACAAUAUCUGGAAGUAUUUUGGAUGUGUAUAGUGGUGAGCAGGGAAUUUCACCAGUUAAUAUGGGCCUUACAAGUGCUUCCUGUCCAAGUAGUCUGCCAAUGAAAAGAGAAAUUACAGUUGAAAGAAGAAGAAGGUAUAAUAUUAAUUACCGAAUCAAGGAGCUUGGCACUCUUAUUCCAAAGUCUAAUGAUCCUGAUAUGCGCUGGAACAAAGGAACCAUUCUAAAAGCAUCAGUGGAGUACAUCAAGUGGCUACAAAAAGAACAACAGAGAGCUCGAGAAUUAGAACACAGACAGAAGAAAUUAGAGCAGGCUAACAGGCGGCUUCUACUCCGGAUUCAGGAACUAGAACUACAGGCUCGUGCUCAUGGUCUGCCAGCCCUGGCUUCACUUGGCACAGUUGAUUUAAGUCCUCAUGUCACCAAACAACAGACCCAUCUUGAGCAGAAUUCAGUGGACUAUUGCCAACAACUGACUUUGUCUCAGGGGACCAGCCCAGAGCUCUGUGAUCAAGCUAUGGCCUUCUCUGAUCCUUUGUCACAUUUCACAGAUUUAUCAUUUAGUGCCGCUUUGAAAGAGGAACAAAGAUUGAAUGACUUGCUACUGGAUGACACAAUAUCUCCAUUCGGAACAGAUCCUCUGCUAUCUGCCACAUCCCCUGCAGUUUCCAAAGAAAGCAGUAGGAGAAGUAGUUUUAGCUCAGAUGAUGGUAAUGAGUUAUAAAAAACAAACAGGCUCAAUUCAUCAACUGGGAAGAAAUUCUGUGGUGGUGCUAUGCAAGUAUGUUCUGUUUCAUAUAUUGCUUUGGCUUAAUUUUUCCAAAAGGAAUUGACUGUUCAUGAAAAACUGAUUAGAAACAACAGAAGAAUUCACAGGAAGAAGAAACAUGGUGUUGAAGAAUUAUUGAGAACUAAAAAGGAUUUUUUUUCCUCUUUGGCUAAGGCAUCCAAAUCUACUUAAAUUAUAUUUUCCUGGAAAGAGGUCCAACAGGAGAAGUAUCUCUCUACUAAUGUUGUAAAAGUAGCGAUGUGGUGAUGUACCAUGGAAACCAACAGACUGCAAGGAGUAAACCUACUGAAAUACACAAACUUUUUUCACUAAUUCACUUCCAACUCUUCUAUUCAAGUCCUACCUUAGUCGUCAAGUAUCAAGAUCGACAAAUCUGAUAGUCCGUUGACUUUCUCCACUGUCUGGGGGACAUGUUGUUGAAAGUUCCAACUUGAUAAAGGAAGUAGUUAAAAGAUACAGUAUCUGUUACUUCUAACUGAAAAGUCAAUCUGCAGUAAAUACUAGAAUUUUCCACAAUAAAAUACCAAAAAUUCAUAAAAACUUUGCUUUCUAAAAUGAGACCCUAAUCCCUUUUGUCAGUUCAAUUACACUAAUUCUAAGAAUGUCUUUGCAUAUUUAUGGAGACAUGCCAUGUUCAAAAAAGGAACACGUUGAAUACUUUCCUCAAGAAUAUGUGCUCAAAUUUUACUCCUUCACACAAACAUACACUUACACACAGGCACACAAUGUAGGUAUUUUCCUUCACUUUCAUGAUUUUUCUAAUCAGCAUCAGAAAUCGUAUUCCAAAUCUUCUUUUCUUCAUCCAAAAGAGAUAUUGGAUAAUCAAUUUCAAUAAGUAAAAACCAAAAAACGCUACUAGGACAAUUUCUCAGCUAUCUAAAAUUUAUCACUGUCUCUAAAAAUGGGUGUAAAUUAAUUAGGUGAUACAGUUUUGCUCCAAAUUGACAAAAUAUGGGAACUUUGUUUGUCAGCUGACAAAAUCAUUAGUAAAACAGAAACUCUUUCUUAUUAUAUUGAGCUCUGAGUGGAGGAUAAAUCUUUAUUCCCAUAAGCACUUAGAGUACCCUGUGACCUUUGCUAGCUCUGUUAGCAUUUAUUACAAAUAUUUCUAUCUAUAAUGCUCUACCCAAAAUUUUCUUUCUCAAGAAAGAAAGCUCAAGCUUGGGAUUAGGAAUUGACUUACCAAGCAGGUUGCUCUGUGCUAGACCUCCAUGAGUGAUCAUCUGAUCAAUGAGUAUUUAGGGAGAGAUACUCAAACUUCAGUGGAUCCUGUGAAAAUGUAGAACAGAUGAGCAAGAUAUGGUCUUACUCCUCAGGGAGUAACAAGACUACAUGAGAAACAACAACAAAAGAUAGAAGACACAUAAAAUUAAACUCUACAUGGUACAGUAUAAGCUGUAAAUACAGAAGGUCAGAGAAAAUGAAAAUGAAUGAAGAAGGUUGGAGAAUUGCAAAAGUCUAUGGGAAGGCAGAAUGUAACUUCUUUUAAAAGCAUAAGUUUGGUGAAAGGGAGGACAUAUUAGGGAAUAAUAUCAACCAAAUGAUAAAAGCAAGAAUAAAGUGAGGAGGUAUCUCCAGGGAACAUUCAUUAUAAAGAUCUGGCUACCCUAGAAGAUACCAGGUUGGAAGUCCUGGAAAAUGAUAUUGGCAACAGGUUGUGGAAGACCUUGAAUUGUAGGAUGAAAUGAUAUGGUAUAAAUUGAAUUUUUUUUUUACUAGGAGGGAGAAGCCUAAAAAUUAAAAUGGUACUGUACAUUACUAAAGCAAUUCAGAGGUAAUCUUUCUUGAAUAUUAACUUUGGGAUAAAUUUUUGAAAGGGUGCUUUGGGUAUUACUCAUAGGGAAAUAUGUCAUCACAAAAUUUGAGACAUAAUGCUAAUAAAAGUGAGAAAAUAUUAAA